AUACACAUACGCAUAUUCUCUCUCACUCUAGAGCUCCAAUUCACCCUAACCAACCACCCAUUGUUUCUUUCUUUCUUUCUCUCUCUUAUGGGAUGAUUCCUCUUAGAAUAGUGGUGAAGUCUCUCCCACGCGAGAAUCUGGAGGCGGGGAGCUGAAGGCACAGUAAUGAUGUUCACGUCUAACCUUCCACAGCCCAUUUCUUGAAUGAAACUCUACUCCAUCAAAAUCUUGGCUUUUGGUGAAGAAAUAGAAUAAUAAUAAUAUUAUUAUUAAAAGUGGUGAGAAAGGGAAAAUCAAAUAUGACGGAAGUGCUUCAGUUGCCUUCAUCUUCAAGCUGUUCAACUCGUCCAUGUGGUGGUCUCACACCCAAUGAUGGGUCGCACCCAAGUUCCCUUAUUAACUCUCCCACAGUGGAAGAAGGGGAUUUGGGUUUGGUCACAGAAACAGAGGAAGUUGAAGAAGAAGAAGAAGAAGAAGAAGAAGAAGAGAAAGAAAGGGACAGAGAGAGAGAUCAGAUUUCUAUUUUGACCCUUUUGAUUGCUACUUUUAGGAAAUCUUUGAUUGGUUGUAGCACUAGUAUUAGUAGCAGAAGUGGUGAGCUUUCUUCUCCUUCUUCCUCCAUGGAGAUUGGGUGGCCUUCCAAUGUGAGACACGUGGCCCAUGUUACCUUCGAUCGAUUCCAUGGUUUUCUCGGUUUGCCUGUUGAAUUCGAACCUGAAGUUCCAAGGAGACCUCCAAGCGCAAGUGCAAAUGUUUUUGGGGUUUCAACAGAAUCUAUGCAACUUUCUUUUGAUGCCAGAGGAAAUAGUGUACCCACAAUACUGCUGUUAAUGCAAAGACAUUUGUAUGCACAAGGAGGCCUGCAGGCUGAAGGAAUCUUCAGAAUUAACGCUGAAAAUAGUCAAGAGGAGUUUGUGAGGGAACAAUUAAACAGAGGUGUAGUACCAAAUGACAUUGAUGUGCACUGCUUGGCAGGUCUUAUAAAGGCUUGGUUCAGAGAACUGCCAACUGGGGUAUUGGACCCUCUUUCACCAGAGCAGGUGAUGCAAUCCCAGUCAGAAGAAGAAUGUGCUGAGCUUGUCAGGCUUCUUCCUCCAACAGAAGCUGCUUUGCUAGAUUGGGCAAUAAACUUAAUGGCGGAUGUUGCUCAAAUGGAACAUCUGAACAAGAUGAAUGCACGUAAUAUUGCAAUGGUUUUUGCGCCGAACAUGACUCAAAUGGCGGAUCCUUUGACUGCUUUGAUGUAUGCGGUACAAGUCAUGAAUUUUCUCAAGACCCUUGUUGUGAAGACUCUGAAAGAAAGGGAGGAGUAUAUUGUAAAAUCAAAUCCUGUUCCAAACCUUAGCUCUUUUGAUGACGAUGGACACCAAAAUGAUUCACAAGUGCUUCACAAGGCUGACAGCGAAAAUGGAAAUGAUUGUAGUGAUGAGGAUACAGUAUUUCUCACUGCUGAACCUUCUCAACAAAGCCCUACGCGUCUUACUGAAGAUGGCUGUGAAACUGAAACUGGAUCCAAAAGUUUAUCAACAUUCACUGAAAAUUUUAUUUCUAGUGGAAAUAGGUUGCUGGUUGAUAGCUGCCCUUGCAAUCUAGUGUCUCAAAUUUGCUCUUUGGCAAUUGGACUUCAAGACAGUGGCCUUACUACUGGACUGACAAAAGGGGAUCAAGCAAAAAUCUGCAGGAGCAAAAGUCUUCAAUUGAGUGCUUCUGAUUUAGACAAGUGUUCCAGAAAGGUGAUUGAGCUUCCAGUAGCAGGAGCCGUGGAGAAGAACCUGGGAACUGCUAUUAUUGGACGUAUAAAUUCAAGAACAGAAUUGGCUGAAGCAUGGCGUUGAAAGGCAUCUGAUUUUUCUAUCAUGCUGGCCCGGGACGACAGAGGAAAACUGGUUCUCCCACAAUAUUUCUACAUAAUUGCUGAUGUCAUAAUGGUGUGCAUCCAUGUUGUGGGAGCACUCACAUAAGCUCCUUUUGGGAAAGAAGGGGAAUGGAUGGAACAACAAGGUGUAAAGAGGUCUAUGUUUGUUUCCAAGUUGGGAAAUGCCCAGUACUGCUUUGGUGUGUGUUUUUCUGUUAUUGCUUUUGGGUGAGUCUCUUAACCGUGUUUCCUCAUUCUAUGUCAUUAACCAUGAAGACUUCUAACUUUUUUUUAGCUCCCCAAGUAUAGAAUUUAAUGAAUUCAAAUUUGUUUGUCUGCUUUGUUUAAUACAUUUUAUUGUGCAAUUUAGUCUAUGUUUGUAUAUUUAAGGAAGAGUAAAAUGGAUUGAAUGAGAUAAAAG